AAUUUAUCGUAGUAAUAAGAACGCGUCAUAACGCGUGCACCAAGAAAGCCGCCACUGAACGUCGUGCUAAAAAACUCAUUAAAAUACUAAGCUCCACGUUCGAAUAUAAAAAUGGAAACAAUGUCGAAUCCUUAUCCAAAAAAAAUGCACGACACUUACGAGGAUGAAGAAGAGAGAAAACACUUUCAACGUAUCGUCUCAGCUUUUAAAUAUUACAAAAAUCAUUCACUAUUAAGGGUUAAGAAAACAGAAUCAUAUUUGCUAUCACUUCCAGCUCAUCAUCAGAGGCUUUUGUCAAAAUAUAGAGAACAUCUGCAAGAAGUUAAAAGAUGUAUUGAAAAUAAUGAUGAGAUAAUUAAGCUUAUCAUAAAGGAUGUAGCACAUAUUUUUGAAAAUGUGAGCCCAGCUACUGCACAGACUGACAGUGUAAGAAAAGUUCACCUGACAUUAAAUCCUCGUCCAGUAAUGGCUGAUCAAGAAAAGGUUCAAGCAACCAUUAAACAACUGGUUCGUGAUUGGAGCGUGGAAGGUACCGAAGAACGAAUGGCGUGUUAUCAGCCUAUUAUAGAUGAAAUUAUGAAUCAAUUUCCUGCAGAUUAUUGUACACCAUCAGACGUGCAAAUUCUAGUACCUGGAGCAGGUUUGGGAAGACUAGCAUAUGAAAUUGCGAGACGUGGAUAUACUUGCCAAGGAAAUGAAUUUUCCCUUUUUAUGCUCUUUGCUUCUCAUUUUGUAUUAAAUAAAUGUAGAGGAGUAAAUUCAUAUCAAGUACAUCCAUGGGUACAUCAAUAUAUGAAUAAUUUAAAACCAGAACAUCAAACUCAAGCUGUGUUCUUCCCAGAUGUAAAUCCUAGUGAUCUUCCAGAAAAUGCGCAAUUCUCCAUGGCAGCUGGGGACUUUCUGGAGGUUUAUACAGAAGACAAUCACUGGGAUUGUGUAGCCACGUGUUUUUUUAUAGAUUGCGCAAAUAAUGUUGUACAAUUUAUUGAAACUAUUUAUAAAAUUUUAAAGCCAGGAGGUAUAUGGAUAAAUCUUGGUCCACUAUUGUAUCAUUUUAGUGAUAUGCCAAUGGAAGAUUCUAUAGAACCAAGUUACGAUGUAGUUCGCGAUGUGAUUCACGGAUUUGGAUUCCAAUUAGAGAAGGAAGAAACGCGCGUAAAAACGCGAUAUGCACAAAACGUUAACAGUAUGUUGCAAUGUGAAUAUAAUAGUGUAUAUUUUGUUUGUCGGAAACCCAAAAGACACAUAGAUAAUAAUGUGAAUUAUAGAAAUGGUACUGAAAGUAAUGGUAUGCAAGAACAAGAAAACUAACUAUUGACGACUUCCUGUGUUUCACUUGUAAGAAAAAUUGAUGUAAUUGUAAAUGCAUUAUAUAAUAGGUUCAUUACUACAAAAGCAAAGCUGUUAUACUUUAUGAAACAAGUCAAUAUUAGGUAAUUUAAGUCUAGAAAAAGUAACAAAAAUCUUUAAAUAUUGUUAAAAGUUGAACUAAUAUUUUUUUAUCGAGAAUUUCAUUUCACUGUAAGUAACUGCCAAACAUGACAGCUCUAUUGUUAGCAAAUUGAAUAAUAAAAUUAUGCAGUUAUUGUUUUAAAUAUCGACAAAAGUUGAUACAAGAUCAAAGAGACUCUUCUUUAGUACUAAUAACAGUUUUGCAAUUUUUCUUUUGAGUUCAAUAUUUGUGAUUUAGCAUAUCAUUAAUGUUUAUUGUUUGAGAUAUUUACUAAAUAGCGUCAUAAUAUGAAAUAAAAGAAACUCGAUUUGGUUGCAUGUACGUACUACGCAAUAUUUUUUCCAACCGGUUUGAAGGCAAAUUUCAUUUUAUUUGUCAAAUUUCUCUUACAAACCAAUGUUGCCUUGUCUAAUUCUGUCAGUUAUAUUAAUAUCUUAAAGAGAGUGCAAUUUCACAAUUCUGGUAUUUCUUAUUGUAGUAUUCAUUAUUUUAUCAAUUUUUUCAAAGAUAUAUAAUAUUCAAGUCGCACAAAUGUCAAUAUCUGUUUCAAAAUUGUUUAUAAUGUACUUGAUAUUAUGUUAUUACAAACCAAACAGUCAGUAAUAUUGUGCAACCAAAGUUUAUCUUAAAAUGCAAAAUACAUGCAGGCCAAAAUUACUAUAAAAUAAAA